AUGGCCGACGACGUCGAUUCGGUCGUCAAGGGAGCCCCUGCGCCUGGAAAGCAUGCAUCCGAUAAUGUCGGGGGCACGAGCGGUGUUACGACCAACAAUGGCAAGCACGGCGACCCGCUGAGCCACACCCCAAGCUCCCCCUCCAUGAUCUACCUCAACCUCCUCGUCCUCGAAGCUUCUCUACGCGCCCAGUACCUCGAGCUGCGUGCUCGACGCCGCCACCAUACCUUCUUCUUUGCCAUACUGUCACUGUGGAUCGGCGGAUUCGGCUAUGCCCUGUUCUUUGCGCCACGCGAGGACGGUGUUGGCGUAGGAGGGUCUGUGUACUGGGGCGUUGAGACGAUUGAGAAGCUCUGCUUUAUGGGGGGCAUCAUGACCGCUAUUCUGGUCUGGGCCACCGGUAUCUGGGAUCGCGGUAUCCGCUGGCCCAGACGCUGGUUCGCCAUUUCUAAUCGUGGCCUCCGCGGCUUCAAUGCGAAGCUCGUCAUCAUACGAAGGCCUCUGUGGGCCGAAGUUGGCUCUACUGUCGGCUUCUUCCUGACCUAUGGUCUUUUCUCCCACACGGCCAGUUCGUCUUAUCGCUACAUCGAUCCCUCAAUUCUGCGUGCCACCUGGGGCAUAUUUUGGUGGUUGCCUUGGCAUCGUACGGAUACUGGCCGCCCACGCUCCUCGACAACCCUUCAAAGCCGGAAUCGCGAUCAGGAUCAUGACCCCGAGAAGCUCCAUCCUCGAACUGCAGCCCUUGAGAAGCAGCACCGGCGCCGCGGUAGUAGCGUGCGCCGGCGCAGCUCGACCAGCUCUUCUCGCAGCCCUCUGCCGGCCGAUGGCGAGGAUGCGCCCGUCAGUCGCAAAGCCAGCACGGCCUCUAAUGCUUCGGACAAGAAGAGACGGAACAAGCUUUCGACGAGCUCCAAGCCCAAGCGACCCAACGUGGAAUCGAGGUCGGUGACACCGGACAUCCCAUCACCCCUGGCACGGGAGAGCAGCGUUGCUAGCGACGUGACAUCAUCGGAUGUGGGAGGAGAGCGGAUGCUGCGAAGCUCGUCGUCCAAGUCCAGCGUGGGCACGGGCCGGGAUUCCAAAUUGAGCGAAGCGUGA